AUGUUCCCUAAUGUCAAGUUGGUAAAUUUGUUAGCUUCUCAUUUUAAUCACAGUCCAUUCCUUUUGCAGGGUGAAACAGUUCAAAUAUCCAAUAAUAAGUUUUCUUUCAAGUUUGAGAACAAAUGGUUACAGGAGGAAGACAUUACUGUUGUGGUAAAGUCCGGUUGGAAACAGAGAGAGGAUGUUGAAAUCGAGAAUCGUAUCUUAUCAUGUGCUGGUGAGCUGGAGAGUUGGAGUAGUAGGAAAAUGAGGAUAAUUAAGGAUGAGAUUGCAGGUUAUCUAGAGAAGAUGGAGUUGUACCGUAAUAGUGAUGAGGAGGAGUUGGUUACUAGUAAAGAAGAUAAGAUGACUGCAAUGAGAGUUUCAAUUUUGAUUUGGGAUAAUGGGAAUAAUGUUAUUUGGAAUAAUGAUAGAGAUGCCGAGUCCAAGUUAAUAUUGCAAGCUUACCAUCAUUGGUAUGAUUCGUUUAAAGCUCAAGAUAACUAUGUGAAUGGGAUUGAAUCCCACAAUAAUCAAACCAUCUGGAAGCCGCCUAAUGAAGGUUGGGUGAAGUGUAAUGUUGAUGCGGGAUUUAAUAAUUAG